AUGAAGGUCGUACCGGUUCCUGUGCGCGAAGAUAACUAUGCGUACUUGCUCAUAGAUGAAUCUACCAACAAAGCCGCUGCCGUCGAUCCGUAUGAUGUUCCAAAGGUCGCGGCAGCCGCCCACGAACAUGGAGUCGAAAUCGUCGCAGGCAUCACCACUCAUCACCACUUUGACCAUAGCGGAGGUAACAAGGAAUUUGCAUCCAAGUAUCCAGACGCGUUCAUUUAUGGAGGCAGCGAUAAGGUUCCAGCGCUGACGAAUCUUGUCAAAGACAAGGAUGAGUUUACGAUAGGAAACAAUAUUCGCGUCAAAUGCCUGGCAACCCCCUGUCACACACAAGAGUCAAUUUGCUAUUACGUCACUGAUGCAGUUGAAGGCACUCAUCCUGGUGGUGUCUUUACUGGAGACACCCUCUUCAUCGCUGGCUGUGGCCGAUUCUUUGAAGGUGUUGGUGCAGAGAUGGUCCGAGCUCUCGAUUAUCUCGAAACACUCCCGCCAAAGACUAUCGUCUACAAUGGUCAUGAAUACACAGCUGGCAGCCUGGCAUUUGGAAAGCAUAUCGACCCUGAAAACCCGGCCUUAGCCAGACUUCAAGAAAUUACCAGGAACAACAAAAUCACCACUGGGCUAACUACCAUUGCAGACGAAAAAGAAUGGAAUGUGUUUAUGCGCCUUGAGAGUGAUGCUGUUAGAAAGGCCACUUCGGCGACCAGUGACACCCCCAAAAGUGCUAUUAUGGAUGCACUUCGAGAACAGAAGAAUAAAUUCAAGGGGUAA